UAACAUGUUCCUGUGUGUCCAGGUGAACCCCCAGCUGUUCAGCGAUAGAGAGAAACAGCAGCUGGUGGAUCUGAUUCACACCAUGAUCUCCUACAACCUCUCCUACAGACAGGACAGGACGCCCGACGGACAAUAUGCCUACGUUCUGGAGCCGCGUGUAGAGCAGGUGGUCUGUUUCCCAGGCUUGCCCCCCCACAGACAGCUGACCUACCAGACCAAACAGACGAUCAGCAGAGAGAUGGACCAGGAGAGGAUGAGGAGAGCAGAAUCACUGAUGCUGCUACGCAACCCACACACGAAGCAGCAGGAGGAGAAGGAGAAACAGCCUAAGGCAGUGACGUCAUCGGUGACAUCGUCCGUCAGGAACCACCAACAGAGGCUGGAGAACAUCCUGAGGAACACUGUAGUCGAGAUCAGGCCGGAGGUGGAUUUCUUUGGCCGAGCCGUCGCCCCUAAGGAGAAACCACAGGUGGUCUCCGCUACAGGUGAGGUGUGUGUGGAGGUUGCCAUGGGGACAGCGGUUGGCAACAGUGACGUGUGGUUCCGUUUCAACGAGGGCGUGUCCAACGCCGUGCGACGCAACAUCUACAUCAGAGAACUGCUAUAACUCACACACACACACACACACACACACACACACACACACACACACCGUACACACACACUCCAUCUCAUACACGUUAGAAUGUUAGUCAAUAAAUUAUCACGAGUCAAUCUGUCAAACCACCUCUUUAUUAUGUUUGAUUGACAGUGGAAACAGCCAAUAAAAACAGUGUAUUCUGAUUGACAGUGGAAACAUCCAAUAAAAACAGUGUAUUCUGAUUGACAGUGGAAACAUCC